AUCACGGAAGCCAAGGCCAGGCUGGUUCCGAGCUGAUCGAGGCGAUGGUGGCGGCGCCGUCACCAGGCACUGCUACUGAGGCUGUGCAGCCCCAGGUGAACGAGGGCCAGGGGCCUCAGCUCGCUGAUCACGGAAGCCAAGGCCAGGCUGUUCCUGAGCUGAUCGAGGCGACGGUGGCGGCGCCGUCACCAGGCACUGCUACUGAGGCUGUGCAGCCGCAGGUGAACGAGGGCCAGGGGCCUCAGCUCGCUGAUCACGGAAGCCAAGGCCAGGCUGGUUCCGAGCUGAUCGAGGCGAUGGUGGCGGCGCCGUCACCAGGCACUGCUACUGAGGCUGUGCAGCCCCAGGUGAACGAGGGCCAGGGGCCUCAGCUCGCUGAUCACGGAAGCCAAGGCCAGGCUGUUCCUGAGCUGAUCGAGGCGACGGUGGCGGCGCCGUCACCAGGCACUGCUACUGAGGCUGUGCAGCCCAAUACCGAGACCGCGGCCACAACCGCAGAAAGCGUCCAGGCCAAGGUCGCCACGGAAGCCUUUACUCGCGAGGUAGCUCGCGUAGGUAGUGGCCUCACUGUCAAGCACCUACGCGAUUCGGUGUCGAAGCUCGAGUCAGAGGGCGAGAGCAAGCAUGAUCGACCUCGCAAGAAGCGGAGCAAGCUGAUGGCAAACGGCUCAGGCAGUAGAGGAGCAGGUGGGCCAUCAUCUACAGUGGCGUCGUCGUCGGUGACUACGCCACCGGCACUGGAGGCUAAGGAGAGAGCACACCUGGAGGCAGCCCUGGAACACGAGGCGGCGCAACAGGCGCGGCUCGGUGUCGCCGGGACCGAGGUGUACGUGCGGCAGUCUAGACGGCCUCGGGUUCUAAUGCACGAUCGUAGCGUUGGCGAGGACAUCAAGGAUAUCAUCAAUUCCGUGGUUAAGAAUCGCUGUCCUAGCGUCGAGAUUGCGAGGAAGUUCUCGUCCCACGUCACUCAUCUCAUUGUGACAGCUGAGGAGGUGAACGGCUCUUUGGUUGUCGACAAAGUGAGUGUCGAGUAUCUGCUCGCUGUUGCGGCCGGAAUCUGGAUUGUGGCCUCGGGCUGGAUCUUUGACUCUGCCACCAAACGGUCAUGGCAGAGCGAGCUCGCAUACGAAGUCAAAGGUCACCGAGACGCGCCAUCUUCAGAAGCGCCGUGCAAUGCGCGGCUGAUGCAGACCCGAUUGCGGACCGGAAUCCUCAACCAGGUCCGGGUCCGGGUUCAGCUCCGGAGCCAAAAGGGCAAGAGGAGCAAGUGGACUCGCCAAAAGCUUCGAGACCUGAUCCACUUUGGGCGUGGCGUGCUCCGGCACUCGAAGAGCGCCCGCAGCACCGGCCCUGAGGUGUUGGUCAUCAGCGACGAGACCAGCAAGAGCGAGAUCGGUGUUGUCGAGAAUCGGCUUAUCCUGUGGCUCUCGGAGUUUUUGGAGGCCAUCGCUCAGUUUGACACCGCCCUCUUUGAACCUUACCGCAUCGACAAGGAUAUCGACGAGUAG